UUUCACCCAUUAAUGGGUUUUCGCAAACAACCGUGUGGGUGAAGCGUGAAGCGUCGCUUUAAAUGUCAACCUCAUUUCCGUUCGCAACUAUCCGGUCUCUUUUCAUUGUCGAAUCUUGACAAAGCAACACGCAUUGUGGGCGAGCUAAGGUGCUAACGUCCACCCGGCAACAUGGUAAACCAUCGUAUUCCGUCGGUCUUCUCCAAGACCUAUGUGACCCCACGUCGUCCAUUCGAAAAGCCGCGUCUCGAUGCGGAAUUGAAAAUCAUUGGCCAGUACGGUCUGCGCAAUAAGCGUGAGGUCUGGCGUGUCAAAUACACCCUCGCCAAGAUCCGUAAAGCGGCUCGUGAGCUGCUCACCCUUGAAGAGAAGGAUGAAAAGCGUCUGUUCCAGGGUAAUGCCUUGCUGCGUCGUCUUGUCCGUAUCGGUGUGUUGGAUGAAUCCCGCAUGAAGCUCGAUUACGUUCUCGGUCUGAAGAUUGAAGAUUUCCUUGAGCGUCGACUGCAGACUCAGGUGUUCAAGCUGGGAUUGGCCAAGUCCUACCAUCAUGCUCGCGUUCUGAUCCGUCAAAGGCACAUCCGUGUCCGCAAACAAGUUGUGAACAUUCCAUCGUUCAUCGUCCGUUUGGACUCCCAGAAGCAUAUCGACUUCUCGCUCAAGUCGCCGUUCGGUGGUGGCCGUCCUGGACGCGUCAAGAGGAAGAACAUGAAGAAGGGACAGGGUGGUGGCGGCGGCGCCGAUGAGGAAGAGGAAGAUUAGGCGUUACUAGAACGAGACAUCUUUUAACGCGGCUAUCCGGUCGAACAAUACGUUAUAAAUAAUGUUUGUUUAUAACGCGCGUCAAUGAGUUGCCGGCGACUUCUAGAGAGGGCCGUGAAUUAAAUUUUCCAUUGUCAGAAGGAA